AUGUCCUCCCGCAGCCCCCGGCCCCCGCCUCGCCGCUGCCGCCGCCGCCUGCCGCGCCCCUCCUGCUGUUGCUGCUGCUGCCGCCGCUCACACCUCAACGAGGACACGGGCCGCUUCGUGCUGCUGGCGGCGCUCAUCGGCCUCUACCUGGUGGCGGGCGCCACCGUCUUCUCAGCACUCGAGAGCCCGGGCGAGGCGGAGGCACGGGCGCGCUGGGGCGCCACGCUGCGCAACUUCAGCGCGGCGCACGGCGUGGCCGAGCCGGAGCUGCGCGCCUUCCUCCGGCACUACGAGGCCGCGCUGGCAGCCGGCGUCCGAGCCGAUGCGCUGCGCCCGCGCUGGGACUUCCCCGGCGCCUUCUACUUCGUGGGCACAGUGGUGUCGACCAUAGGUUUCGGCAUGACCACCCCCGCCACGGUGGGCGGGAAGGCCUUCCUCAUCGCCUACGGGCUGUUCGGCUGCGCCGGGACCAUCCUGUUCUUCAACCUCUUCCUGGAGCGCAUCAUCUCCCUGCUGGCCUUCAUCAUGCGCGCCUGCCGGGAGCGCCAGCUGCGCCGAAGCGGCUUGCUGCCCGCCACCUUCCGCCGCGGCUCCGCGCUCUCGGAGGCCGACUGCCUGGCAGGCUGGAAGCCCUCGGUGUACCACGUGCUGCUGAUCCUGGGCCUGUUCGCCGUGCUGCUGUCCUGCUGCGCCUCGGCCAUGUACACCAGCGUGGAGGGCUGGGACUACGUGGACUCGCUCUACUUCUGCUUCGUCACCUUCAGCACUAUCGGCUUCGGGGACCUGGUGAGCAGCCAGCACGCCGCCUACCGGAACCAGGGGCUCUACCGCCUGGGCAACUUCCUCUUCAUCCUGCUCGGCGUGUGCUGCAUCUACUCGCUCUUCAACGUCAUCUCCAUCCUCAUCAAGCAGGUGCUCAACUGGAUGCUGCGCAAGCUGAGCUGCCGCUGCUGCGCGCGCUGCUGCCCGGCGCCCGGCGCGCCCCUGGCCCGGCGCAACGCCAUCACCCCGGGCUCCCGGCUGCGCCGCCGCCUGGCCGCACUCGGCGCCGACCCCGCGGCCCGCGACAGCGACGCCGAGGGCCGCCGCCUGUCGGGAGAGCUCAUCUCCAUGCGCGACCUCACGGCCUCCAACAAGGUGUCGCUGGCGCUGCUGCAGAAGCAGCUGUCGGAGACGGCCAACGGCUAUCCGCGCAGCGUGUGCGUCAACACGCGCCAGAACGGCUUCUCAGGCGGCGUGGGCGCGCUGGGCAUCAUGAACAACCGCCUGGCCGAGACCAGCGCCUCCAGGUAGACGCACAACCUGCCGCGCCACGGACCCCCAAGCAGGUUGGCGUGC